AUGCCUGCACAUGCAUAUCGUUAUGCUUUACCAAAGUUCCUGUAUACACAACAUAAUGUUCGUCGUUAUGGUUUCCAUGGCACCAGUCAUGCCUAUGUUUCUGAACGUGGUUCUGAACUUGCGGGUAGCUACAAACAUGGCGGUUGGUUAACAGCACACUUAGGCAAUGGUAGCUCAACUUGUGCCAUCUGGAAUGGUCAAAGUGUCGAUACAUCCAUGGGACUCACUCCGCUUGAAGGCGUGGUCAUGGGUACCCGUAGUGGUGAUGUUGAUCCAAGUAUUCAUAGCUUCCUUGCUUCAAAUCUAGGCUGGGACAUCUAUAAAAUUGAUAAAAUGCUGAACAGUGAAUCAGGCUUACUGGGCUUAUCAGAUCUUUCAAAUGAUAUGCGUACCUUGAUUGAAGCUUCAGAACAAGGUAAUGAAGAUGCGACUUUGGCGAUUGAAGUAUUCUGUUAUCGUCUAGCCAAAUCACUUGCGGCAUUAAGCUGCGGUUUACCGCGUAUCGAUGGUUUAUUCUUUACAGGCGGUAUUGGUGAAAAUUCUGCCUAUAUUCGUGAAAAAACGAUUGCUUACUUACCACACUUCGGUUUCAACCUCAGCAAAGAACAGAAUGAUGGUUUAAAACGUGGUACAGAAGGUCGAAUUGAUGCUGGAACAGGUCCUCAAAUUUGGGUAAUACCAACCGAUGAAGAAGGUCGUAUUGCUAAAGAAACUGUUCAUGUUGUAGAACACGAGGUACAACAGGCCGCAAAAAAGCCUGAAUCUGAUAUUGCGACAGCUUAA